CCAACGAACUCCAAGUAACCUCUAUUUUUGAGUAACUUGUGAUGAUUCCGUGUCUUCUUCUUAGCUACCACACCUUCUUUACUUUAAGCCGGCUUGGCUGUAUAUGUCACAAAUAAGCGGAUUAUGGACUUUGGAUUUUUGAAAUACCUCAGUAGUAAUUAUUAGCGGGAUGUUUCCUGAACCUCUCGGAUUCCACUCCAACCUCCACUUCCUAUCUCUCUCUUCCGUCACCACUCUACAGCAUUUAUUGUAUAGAGUUAUCCUCAAGACGGGUGCAAUCCUAUGCUAAAAUCAGGCACCAAAUCCACCUCACCUUUCCCAUCAACGCCUAACGCAUGCCUCGCUUCCGCCUACGCAUUAUAAAUUCUGUCAAAGCGAAGCACUAUACUCGACAUGCCCGAAGCACAACAAGUCUCUCAAGCAUUCCCCCUCGAGGGUUGGUCGCUGGAGUCUAUUUCAAGAGAAGAUAUCAUCCGAGCCUUGGACGAUGCGCCAAAAAUCUAUAGUAAAGCCUAUACUCAAAUCGCUCGCAUUUCCAGCUCCGUCGUGGUAAAGUAUGGCUCUGAGGUUCAUCUUUGGGAGGCGAGGACGAUGACAUAUGUUGCGAAAAUGCCACGUGUGCGAUUGCCAAAGGUCUUUGAUGCUUGGGAAACGAAAGCAGCCCCGUUACAGGAAGAGUCAACCACGACUUAUAUUGUGAUGGAGUAUGUCCAGGGUGAUCUGGUCUCGGACGUGUGGCCCGGGCUCAGUUCAGAGCGCCGCCUCAGCAUACAUCAGCAGGUCUACGAGAUGAUUCGAGAACUUCAGCGCACAAGAUUGGCCAUGCCCGGCCCUAUUGGCGGUGGAGUCUCAAACGGCACGUACUUCACCGAUUAUGGCGCCGGCCCGUUUCUCUCGCGGGAAGAAUUGGAAGAGUGGUUCAAUGAGCGCCUUCUCGUCUGUCAGGAAUUCGGACUUGUAAAAGCUACCCAGCCCUCUUUUACCGGUCAAUUCCAAGAGCUUGUUAUAUGCCACUUCGAUCUGCAUGCCCAGAACAUGAUUCUCGACGGUCAGGGGAAUGUUUGGCUCAUAGAUUGGGCAUACUCAGGUGCAUACCCGUCAUAUUUCGAGAAAGCAGCUUUGUCGAGGAAUGUGGAUCCUGCCUUUGCCCAAGGGUUGUUGAGGUUGAUGGAUGAUGGCCAAUUCAAAGAGGAGAUCCAGCAACUUGAGGAUAUUGGAUUUGCGCUGAGUACAGGAGCAUUUUGUAAACCUUCUGGAAAAUUGCGUUCAUAGAUCAAGCCGGCUCCUGGACUUAUGGAGAUGUAUAUUAGAAGCAAGGUUUAUAUAUCUCAUGGAAAGGGAACUAUGAUUACGAGCAGAGCCAGUUCUGAUACAGCACAUUGUUUAUUCUCCAUCCCUUUUUUCUCUCACUAUACAACAGAGCCGACCUUGGACAAUGGCAAUGUUAACUUGCAGAUGGCAGUUAAAGAGUAGAUACUGUAGUUAGUUUGAGUGAAGAAUUUAACAGGAUAAUCGUGACCAUUCAACUGAUAGCAAGGCAACGUAACUGAACAGAUAGACAUACUAAACCUUCCAAGAAAUCCAACUUGGCUUCGUUAGCACUUGGAGUGUAAUUGUUAUGGC